GCCGGCUGCCCCGCCGUUGCGCAGUCAGUGCCCCGGUGGUCGGUGGUGCUUUGCGGUGAAAGGAGAGGGAAGAGGAGGCGGCAGCAGCGGGGAGGGUGGCUAGUCAGUCAGUCAGUCAGUCAGUCAUCGUUGCCCUUGUUGUGGUUGGAGGGGCCCUCGGUGCUGCAGCGAGAGGGAGGAGCCAGCAGAGAGAGAGCGAGACAGAGACAGGGGGAGAGGGAAGAUGCGCAAAGCCCGCCGCGGCCGCCCGCUCGCGGUCAGUCAGCUGAACGUCCGCCGCGACCCCAGGGCCGCCGCCCGGGGCCGGAGGGGCUCGAGCUCCAGCAGCGAGCACUCGGCGCGCGGACCCGAGUACGAGGUGGAAUCCAUCCUGAAUUCCCGCUACAUGGAGGGGGGCGUGGAGUACUUGCUGAAGUGGAAGGGCUACAGCCCCAAGGCCAACUCCUGGGAGCCCAUUGAGAACCUGCUGGGCUGUCCCCGGCUGGUCAAGGAGUACCACGCCCAACUGGAACGGGCACUGCCCACGGCAGAACAGCCUGCCCAGCAGAUUUGUGAGACGUUGACGGUCGGCCAGAACCUGCCGGAGACGAAGAGCCUCCGACACGGGUCCCGCCCGAGGCCGGGCUGCCUGAAGACGCGCUUCAAGGCGGCACCAAUGGAACCCAUCGCAAUGGCAGAGGAAGAUCCCGGACCGCCAGCGUGCAGCCCGGCCAAUGGCGCAAGCAACUCUGAGGGCUACGGCACAGAGGAGCUAAACACCGAUGCUGAGGUGGAACUGGACGAGUUACCGGGUGGGAGUGAUGGAGACGCUGAUGUUGAAGAUGCCGAGGGCAGGUGCCUCAGUUCAGCCACUUGAGUUUGGAGAGCAGCCUACGCUUGUCGAGAGUUGAGCAUAGUUGGAGUGCUAGUGCAGAGUAGUUUACUAAGCCCAAUAAAAAAAUUAGUUUUGUUUUCUCA